AUGGCGUGUGAAGCGAGAAGUACGGUGUGCUUGGCCAUGGCGUUUGAGAUGGCAUAUGACACGGCGAGUCCAUCUCAGAUUACCAUCACCGAGGCCUCCGUUUCUACCAGUAGAGAGCAGGGCAGAGGAGCAGGAGCUGCUAAGGCAGCAGCGUCUCCGUUUCCGUCUCCGUCUUCUGCUGGUGUCCCUCGUUCUCUUUUGGCGCGUCGCGUUAGCGGCCUCCUCAAGACAGCCGUCUCUAACGCGUUCGUCUGGUAUCAGACUGACGACAUUGUCAUUUUCAAGGCACCCAAGGUUCUUCAGGAACGAGGGUACAGUGCUGGCGAAGUAUUUAUCAAGCGAAUCAUAGCUACUGCUGGCGACGUUGUAGAGGUCAAGGCUGGGAAAACCUAUGUGAAUGGUGUUCAGAGGAGUGAUGAAUUCACUUUCGAGCCACCUGCAUAUGAUAUGAAGCCGCAGUAUGUCCCACCAGGAUACGUGUUUGUCAUGGGCGACAAUCGUAACAACAGCUACGACUCACACAUCUGGGGCCCUCUGCCGGUGGAAAAUGUAUUGGGCCGAUCAAUCUACAGAUACUGGCCUCCUAACAGACUGGGUUCUACAGUUUUGGAAGAAUCAGCUGUAUUCAGUGCAGGGGAUUCUGCUCCUCAAUUGAAGUCCCCAUGA